AUGAUCGGACGCGAACUGCUGAAGCGCGGCCACUCGGUGCUCCUUUCGGACGUGGACGUGGUGUGGCUCAGCCCCGGCAUCCUCGCGCACGUGGACUACACGCUCGGAAACGCGGACCUGGCGUGCAUGGUCGACGGCAAGGAGAUGAACGGCGGGUUCUACGCCGCCAAGCCGAGUCCGAUCGUCAUGGAGCUCUUCCAAAAAGUGGCGGACGCGUUGAAAGCGGACGCGAAUCUCAUCGACCAGUACGCGUUCGCGAACGUCAUCAACAGAGCGAUGAAGAUCCGGUACUCCAAGCAGUUGCACUUUUUGGACAAGCUCUUGUACUCUAACGGGAAUGUCUACUUCCAGGAACGACUUAACGAAAAGAUGGGCAUUCAACCGAUGAUCGUCCAUGCCAAUUUCUUCGUGGGAGCGAAGAAGAAGAGGGAAAUGCUGCAGUCUGGUGGUGACUUGAAGGCCCAGCAGGGAGAAGCAAAGCUCCAGCCAGGCGAGGCAAAGGUACAAAUGGGUGACCCGAAGCCUCAACAGGGAGAGGCGAAGCCACAGUCUGGCGACCGCAAGGGCAAGCAGGGAGAGGCAUGUGCUCAGCUCAACGGCGAACGUGGCAGAGGAGGAAGCAGUUGUUUGACUCCUGAAUCGUACCAAAACAUUCGUCGCAUCGGAAUCGCGGGGAUUCCGGAUGCGAGUGGCAGUCGAGACUCUCGUCGGAAAAGAGAACGGCAACUUCCCAAAUGGAAACACAUCAAGUUAUCAUAUCAAGAAAAAUAUCAUUCGUUUGCCUCUGUCCCAGCCUUCAAAAGCGACAGUCUGGAAGUACUCUACCUCAAUGGGAAUAAAAUCUUAAAUGUGGAGUUUGACGGAUGGGAAACUCCCAAAUUGGGGACACUAUGGCUCACGCACACUUUGUUAACCGCUGUCCCAGCCAUUAAGAGCGACAGUCUGGAACACGUCUACCUCUAUAAUAAUAGCAUCACGAAUGUGGAUUUCAGCAGAUGGGCAACUCCCAAAUUGAGGACGCUCUCGCUCACUCACAAUUUGUUGACCUCUCUCCCUGCGUUCAAGAGCGACAGCCUGGAAGGACUCUACCUCUAUAAUAAUAGCAUCACGAAUGUGGAUCUCAGCAGAUGGGCAACUCCCAAAUUGAGGACACUCUCGCUCACUCACAAUUUGUUGACCUCUGUCCCUGCAUUCAAGUGCGACGGCCUGGUACGUCUCAACCUCGACUCAAAUAAAAUCACGAAUGUGGAUUUCGACGGAAUGGAAACUCCCAAAUUGAGUGUACUCCAGCUCCAGAACAAUAUGUUGACCACAGUCCCAGCCAUCACGAGCGACAGCCUGGAAGAACUCGACUUGUAUAAUAAUAAUAUCAUUAACGUGGAUUUCAGCAGAUGCGCAACUCCCAAAUUGAGGACACUCUCGCUCACUCACAAUUUGCUGACUUCUGUCCCAGCCUUCAAGUUCGACAGCCUGGAAUACCUCUCCCUCGACUCAAAUAAAAUCACGAAUUUGGACGUCGACAGAAGGGAAACUCCCAAACUGAUCGUACUCUCACUCAAGAACAAUUCGCUGACCGCUUUCCCAGCCAUCAAGAGCGACAGCCUGGAACGUCUUGAACUCGAAUCAAAUAAAAUCACGAAUGUGCAGUUCGACAGUAGGGAAACGCCCAAAUUGAGUUCGCUCUCGCUCAGAAACAAUUCGCUGACCUCUUUCCCAGACAUCAAGAGCGACAGCCUGAUGCAUCUCUACCUCGAUUUUAAUGAAAUCACGAGUGUGGAGUUCGACAUAUGGGCAACUCCCAAAUUGGGUUUGCUUUCCCUUAACAACAAUUUGUUGACCUCUGUUCCAGCCUUCAGGAGCGACCGCCUGUGGCAUAUUUCUCUGAAUUUUAAUAAAAUCACAAAUGUUGAGUUCGACACAUGGGCAACUCCCAAAUUGGGUUGGCUCUAUCUCAACAACAAUUUGUUGACCUCUGUCCCAACAUUCAAGAGCGACAGCCUGAAAAGAGUCGAGCUUGAUUUUAAUAAAAUCACCAGAGUGGUGUUUGACAGAUGGGAAACUCCGAAAUUAAGGAUACUUUCGCUCACUCACAAUUUGUUGACCUCUGUGCCAGCCCUCAAGAGCGAGAGCCUGGAGGAACUCUAUCUCGACUGGAAUAAAAUCACGAAUGUGGAGUUGGACGGUUGGACAACCCCGAAAUUGAGGAAACUUUCGCUCACAAACAAUUUGUUUACCUCAGUCCCAGCCCUCAAUGAUAACAGCCUGGCUUUCAGAACAUCUGUGCCCAUAUUUGCGGAAAGUUCUGAUUCUUGGGCUCCCACGUUGCGCCUUCAAAAUAACUCGAUAGCCACAAUCGACGGGUGGAUCCUUCACCGAAUCCUGAAGGAAUUUUCCGAGGGAGGCGGUUUGCUUCGUCUGGAAGGCAAUCCCAUUCGGUGCGACUGCAGUCUGUCCUGGUUGGCGGUCUCUCCCGAACUGAUGGGGAAAACGAAAGGGGCAUGCGAGAAUGGGAUCGGCUUGAAAUACCCCGAUCUGAUGGAAUCCCUGAAAAAAUGUCACGGCGACGCCACGACGAGCCCAAGCCGAACUCGGUGUCUCGACGGCGUCGGAGAUCGAACCUGCAUCGAUCUGCCUCAUGCUUUCGUGUGCGACGAAAAAACUCUCGACACUUCCCUUGCCUGUCCGAAAGAGACUCAAGUUUGCUGCAAGAAGCGCGCAAAUGUGACCGGCUGUGGACAGCUUCCUGGCAUCAUGCACGGACGCUUCAGUAUUUAUUCUUGCUCGUCUGAUGGGCGGAGUUACAAAAGUAAAAGGAGAUGCAUUCAAGGCGGGAAAUACCUCAUCGGAAGCAAAGUGAACUACACCUGCGAGAACUAUUAUAUUCUAAGGGGUCCAAGCGUUCGAACGUGUGAAGGGACCGGUGAAUGGACCGGUGAAUGGACCGGCCCUGACCCAUUCUGCGAACCUGCCCUCAAGAGCGAUAGCCUGGAAGAACUCUAUCUCGACUGGAAUAAAAUCACGAAUGUGGAGUUGGACGGUUGGACAACCCCGAAAUUGAGGAAACUUUCGCUCACAAACAAUUUGUUUACCUCAGUCCCAGCCCUCAAUGAUAACAGCCUGGCUUUCAGAACAUCUAUACCCAUAUUUGCGGAAAGUUCUGGCAAUCCCGUUCGGUGCGACUGCAGCUUGUCCUGGUUGGCGGUCUCUCCCGAACUGAUGGGGAAAAUGAAAGGGGCAUGCGAGAAUGGGAUCGGUUUGAAAUACCCCGAUCUGAUGGAAUCCCUGAAAAAAUGUCACGGCGACGCCACGACGAGCCCAAGCCGUACUCGGUGUCUCGACGGCGUCGGAGAUCUAACCUGCAUCGAUUUGCCUCAUGCUUUCGUGUGCGACGAAAAAACUCUCGACACUUCCCUUGCCUGUCCGAAAGAGACUCAAGUUUGCUGCAAGAAGCGCGCAAAUGUGACCGGCUGUGGACAGCUUCCUGGCAUCAUACACGGACGCUUCAGUAUUUAUUCUUGCUCGUCUGAUGGGCGGAGUUACAAAAGUAAAAGGAGAUGCAUUCAAGGCGGGAAAUACCUCAUCGGAAGCAAAGUGAACUACACCUGCGAGAACUAUUACAUUCUAAGGGGUCCAAGCGUUCGAACGUGUGGAGGGACCGGUGAAUGGAACGGUGAAUGGACCGGCCCUGACCCAUUCUGCGAACCUGAGUGCGGCCGAAUGAAAAAACUAGGUGCUUCCGCUCGGCGACUGAUUCGCGAUGGGGAGGAGGUCGCGUUUGGAGCGCGGCCUUGGCAAGUUGCCGUCUGUGACGCGCUGAGGAGGGUCGUCAUUUGCGGAGGAGCUCUGAUUGGAAGAGGAUGGGUUCUCACGGCGGCGCAUUGCGUGGAGGACCAAGGAAAUCUAUUUCAUUUUCGAGAUGUGAACGAUUUCUUCGUUUAUCUCGGCAAACACUAUCUAAAUGAGUCGAUGGAUGAUGAAUUCGUGCAAAAGAUGAAGGUGACUCGGAUCAUAACGCACGACGCAUACAACGGCUUGGAGUCGGACAUCGCCCUGCUGAAACUGGACCGCUCCGCUAAACCGACGGAAAGGGUUCAGCUGAUCUGCCUGCCGUCUCACGACGACCGGUCCGACGACUUCUUAGACGGCGCUCAAAACGAAUGCGGCGGUUCUCACCACGGAUGGACCGAAGCAGAAGGGAAAUGGACGACGGGAUGUCAGGCCGAGCAAUACCUGGCCCAUUCGCACAUCGCGAUCACCAACGCGACGACGAUCGGGACCACAACCACCAUAACCACAACCACAACCACAACCACAACCGACCCGACAGUCGCCCAGGUGGAUUCCCAAUUGGGGCCUGAAGAUGUCUCCGGGUGA